UAGGCGGCCGCCUAGGCCGAUUUUUCCUUCUUUUUUUCUUUUGGUUCGAAACCUAAGUUUUCAAACACUACUUUAAACCAUUUCACUUUGCAAAACAAUGCGUUGAACUCCAUUUUCCCGCGCGUAAUUGUAUCAGUAAAUAACUAGUUUGGAACCCUAGUUUUUUUUUUUUUUUUUUUCAGAGCAAAAGAAAAUGGGGAGGGAAGAAGAAGACUCGGUGAGCGAGCUUUUGAGAGAUCGAUUCAGAGUCUCCACCAUCUCUAUCGCCGAAGCCGAAGCGAAGAGAAACGACAUGGAAAUUUCGGGACCCGUGAUGACUUGCAUUGCCGAUUUGGCCUUCAAAUUUACUGAACAGUUGGCAAAGGACCUGGAGUUAUUUGCCCAACACGCUGGUCGUAAAACUGCAAACAUGGAAGAUGUCAUACUUUCUGCACAUAGAAAUGAACAUCUGGCUGCCUUAUUGAGGUCCUUCAGCAAUGAUCUGAAAGCCAGAGAGCCCCAAUCUGAGAGGAAGAGAAAGAAAUCAUCAAAAAAGGAAGACCAAGCAACUACCAGCGUAGUCCAUAUUCCAGAUUCUUAGCUGGGUACGUCUCUACCUUAACUUGAUUACUAAAGCACACCAAAGAAUUGGAUAUCUCAUGUAAGAAAGCUGCGACUUGUUUGACCUUUUAACUUCUGCAUCAUGUGACUUGCUGAAGAAUUCCGAGUAAAUACAUAUGAAAACUUAGCUUGAGUUCAAA